AUGAUAGACGCAACGGUCACGGCGGGAGUGACGGCGCUCAUCGACCCGCUGUUUCACGCCGUCGCUCUCGCCCCCGUCGACCCCGUGCACUACCCGCUACUGCAGCCCGCCACCCACGAAAUUUCCGCUGCUGCAGCCCGUCGCCCGUCCCGUCGCGCUGCCGUCCGUCACCAGAUCCGUGUCGCCCGUCGCCAGAUUCCCGCCACCCGUCCGCACACCCAGCGGUCGCUGUGGAGGGGGUGUGGGAAGAAGGGCAGGGAGUGGCGGCUGAACGCUGUGGGGGAGAGGGAAGCGGAGGAAGGGCAUGGCGGGACCGCCAGCAGCUACAACGCCAGCGCCACCGCCAGCAGAGACCCCGCCAGCAGCUACACCGCCAGCAGAGACCCCGCCAGCAGAGAACCCCGCCAGCAGAGAACCUCGCCAGCAGAGAACCUCGCCAACACCAGGAGCCAGCACCGGAACUAG